UCGCGAGGUUUUCCGUCGAUGUUCCGAUGGACCUCUAAUUUUUGGUUUUGAUUUUCACCGUUUCGGUUUUUAAAUUAUCGUUUCUUUAAAAGAUGAACACGAACUAUACAUUUCCCAUUGUGACAGAGUGUGUCGAGUGAUCGUACAAAUUGAUUCGAUAGUUUGCAUCGUACGUAAGAAAAACUUAGACGCGAUAUUGAUUUUAAAGGAAAAAACUCUAUACGAGACGACGGCAACUAAACUAUAAAUAAUUAAAGUGGUGCAAGAUGAAUCGGUUUGGGAGCUUGAAGCUACCGCCUUUGAGUGCCGCCGUCAACGUGGCCAAUCAACUGAAAAGGCAAAUCGUUCCGGAAAAACCUCAGGAUCAACCUCGUCACACCGAGAGAGUUCAUUUCGCCCAAGUCAAUCAUGCAUCGCACGGAGGCGUCGGAGACGAACAUCACGAAUUAUCCAAUAUACAAAUGAAUAAUCCCAACAAUCCGUUUUUGCAGAUGAGGGAAAAUAGUGUCCAACAAGAAGAAAGCAAAUUCGGUAAUGAAACAGGUAUCACGAAGCAACAGAGCAGGAUGUCAUCUGAUUUUUCCGAAGGCUCUGAUUUUGUUGAGGGUAAAAGCGAGGUCAAAAUUAACGAAUAUCAGGCCGCGUGGAAUGUUACUAAUGCGAUCCAGGGUAUGUUUAUCGUGUCCCUUCCAUUUGCCGUUAUGAGAGGCGGAUACUGGGCUAUAGCCGCGAUGAUUGGGGUAGCUUAUAUCUGUUGCUAUACUGGAAAAAUUCUGGUCGAAUGUCUUUACGAGUUUGAUGUCCAAACAGGAAGGAUGAUGAGGGUGCGAGAUUCCUACGUCGGAAUAGCAAAAGAGUGUUUUGGCAAGAAAUAUGGUGCCAAGGUGGUCAGUAUUGCCCAGAUAAUAGAACUACUUAUGACUUGUAUACUUUACGUUGUCGUGUGCGGAGAUUUGAUGAUCGGAACUUUUCCAGAGGGCGCCAUUGACACUAGAUCGUGGAUGAUGGUGAUAGGAAUUUUGUUGUUGCCAUUAGGGUUUCUCAAGUCACUGAAGAGCGUCAGUUUGCUGUCGUUUUGGUGUACAAUGUCGCACAUCCUCAUAAACGUCAUUAUCUUGGGCUACUGCCUCCUUCACAUUGGGGAAUGGGGUUGGGGCAGCGUCAAAUGGACAUUGGAUUUGGAGAACUUUCCAAUAAGUUUGGGAGUAAUCGUAUUUUCUUAUACUUCGCAAAUAUUUUUACCAACUCUCGAAGGAAACAUGGAAGAUCCUUCGAAGUUCGAAUGGAUGUUGGAUUGGUCUCAUGUAUGGGCGGCCGUUUUUAAAGCUCUCUUCGGUUACGUUUGUUUUUUAACAUUUCAAAAUGAUACUCAACAAGUUAUUACAAACAACUUGGAUUCUGCCGGAUUUAAGGGAUUGGUAAAUACAUGUUUAGUAGUCAAGGCUCUUCUGAGCUACCCGCUGCCCUAUUACGCCGCGUGUGAGUUGCUGGAACGUUCAUUUUUCAGAGGUAAGCCGAAAUCCCGAUUUCCCUCAAUCUGGGAUACAGAGGGCGAUUUAAAAGUUUGGGGUUUAGGGUGGAGGGUCGGCGUUGUAAUAUUUACAAUAUUGAUGGCUUGUUUUAUACCACAUUUUCAGAUAUUAAUGGGAUUUAUAGGAAGUUUUACCGGCACCAUGCUUAGCUUUAUUUGGCCGUGUUAUUUCCAUCUCAAAUUGAAAGGCAAAUAUUUGGAAAGGAAGUCCGUAAUUUUUGACUAUUUCAUUAUAUACUUGGGGUGCAUUUUUGGAAUCAUAGGCAUUUACGAUUCGGGAAGGGCCUUGAUUAAAGCCUUCCAAAUAGGUCUUCCAUUUUAAAGUGAUAAUGUUAUUUUAAGGGUAACUUUUUUUUAUAUGUAUUAAAAUUACACUCGGUGUUCAAAUUAGUCCGCGGCUGCUGUAAAAUUACUAGUAGCAAUUCGUAUAUACGAAAGUAAAAGUGUCGACGACAUAGCGACAAUAAUAUUCAAUGGAUUUUUGUCCGACAUGCAACCGAUGUUGUUGCUUGCAGCAAAUCGUAGUUUAAUCAGGGGGGUAUUUAAUAAGUGUCCGAAUAUUUCACAGGCUGAUUUCCCACGCAUUUUUUUAAUUAAAAAAAUAAUGCCGAAUUUCUUACAUUUCCUACAUCUCUUUUCUCACUUUCAAAUGACUUUUUUAUGCCCUUGGUAAAAAAAAUGUCUUCCUAUGAUGGUCGCUAAGAGCAACCAUUUUUGACAAAAAAAGUGAAACAAUUUUCUAAAAUAACUUUUUUUUAUCUAUAUAGAUUAUUUUCAAACGUCCUAUUUUAGACCACAGCUGGAAAUAUCGGACACUUAUUAAAUAACAUCCAGUAUACCACAUACUUUUAAGACAGACGCGUUAAAACAUAUCCUUUACACAGUUAUAUUCAUUAGUGUAAUUCGGGUUAGAUGAGGUAGACGAAUAAGGUAGUUCUUAAAUUGAUGAAAAUGGUUUAUAGCAGCAAAAUAAUUUAUGUAUCUAGUACUAUUUAGUUUUGCUAUUAUUUAUUUUUGCUGUCGAUGUACCCAUAUAUUUUUUAACACAAAAAUAAUUCCAAAACUCUUGACAAACAUUUUUUCUUGAUUACUUUGGUCGAUAUGGAUUUUGUGUUUCUUAUCCGAUAAGUGUGUUAUUCAUUCUUUUACACCGAAAAAAUUUUUGUGUUUUUAAUUUUUUCUCCAUUGGCUAUUGGCUAAUAAAAUAUGAAAUGUAUUUAUUUACUUCUUCAUUAAAUGUCAAAAGUAGAGUGGUGGUCGGAACACUGUGGAGAAAGCCAGAUUACAAGUGUUAUUUACAAUAUUUUACUAUUAAAAUUCAGUGCCUAUAUUUUUUAAUAUUCUAGUACACAAAAAGUUAAAAAGAAAAAUUUUAAGAAAUGUAAAAGUCAAACCACAUAUUCCCUUCAAUCACACUAGUUUACUAGUAAUAUGACCUAGUUCUCUCGUCACUGACUUUAUUAAUCUAAACGUCAUUUCAUAAUUCGGUUGUCUAAGGGCAUUUUGUGAUGCUAAAAAAUCCAUUUUCAGAAUUCAAUGCAGAGCCACUUUACCUUAACUUAGGUAGCAAUAAAUAUUAGUAGUUAGGGUGUAACCCAGACAAAGAUGAUUUACACUUAGUUUAAAGGCAAAAAGCAAAAGUCAACGAAGUCUUCCAUUACCAACAGUAAUUAUUAUAAUGUACAAGUAUUUUGACUAUUUUUGUGAGGGUACAAAUAACAGUUUUGCAUUGUUCAGAAUUUCUCCGUUCGGGGGCGAGAUUUUCAAUAUCGCAAGAACGUUAAAAUCUGCCAAUCGAGAGUUUGCUUAAGAUAUUUUAGUUUAAUUAAUUUUUGAUAAUAUUGAAAUUAAAGUUUCUACCAAGAAAAAUAGGACCAUAAGUCCAUAUCUGUCUGUUUCAAAAAGUUAUACAAGUAACGUCACUUGAAUUUUUUGACAGAAGUUUAAGCGAAUAUUGAAAUUCAGAGUUGCUCUUGAAACAAAUUUUUCAGCUAGUCCAGUUUGUUGAUGAAAACAGUUAACUUUAACGCGACUGAAGUGUAAAUAUAGUUCUGAAAAUUAAAAUAAAAGUUCAAAAAGUAACAACAAAUAAUUUUCAAAAAAUUAGAGUUUUCAUGUUGAGAAAUAAAAUGACACUGGACCUAUUUUUAUAAUGUAUUGAUUCUCCAUUCUAAAUGACCAUAUUAAAAGUUGUAGUUCGAUAUUUGUUAGUUUGCUUAAUAGUUUCAUUGGUCAAUGCAGCAAUGAACAUCUUAACGCAUAAACACUGUAAUUUGUAAAUGUGUUUUUAGUGAAUAUUGUCAAACUCAUGAGGAGAGUUGCUCACACAUUUAGUAUAGUCAACUGCAGCUUAAAUUAAUAGAAUACAGAUUCACUUUCUGAUUAAUUUCCUUUAACAAUCUUUGCAUCAGUUUUGCGUAAUUGUUGGACUUUAAUUCAGGAAUUUAUAGGUAAUAUGUAAACUAAAAUUUGCAAUUUUGCUUUAGAAGUGGUUAAAUAAGAAAUCCAAUUAUCAGGAAGUGAAUUCUUUGAUGUUAUUUCAUAUCUGAAAACGAGUCUUCCAGAUGAAAAAUAAGUCUUCCAAAUAUAUCUACGUCUUCCAUUUAGUAUAUAAGUAUAAGAAAAUUGUCUUCUAAACGCGAAAAAAUUGAGGAGGAGAGUCUUGAACACGUAAAAUGUUCGCAUGCGCAAAGAAAUGUGAAAAGUUUUCAGUAAUUUGCACUGUAAAUAUGUGAAUUUAAUGCUCACAUCUUAGCUGAGACGAAUAUAAUCACGUAGCGUGAUCAAGACUUUUCGCUUUCGUAACAAGGAUAUUCGUUUCUGUGAGUAUAAGGUUAAACAUGUAUGUUCUCUCGAUGUGUACAAUAAAGUGUUUAUGUAAAAAUUACGUAUAAACUUGUUACAAAUUGUUACUAUAUGUAGAGUUAAAGAAAAAUGUAACUGUAAUAAUGCUUUACGUUCAGAAACAUCCGACAGUUAAUAAUAUUCCAUUGUUAUUGUGUUAUCCUUGAUUGUGAAUUAUUGCAGAUUUUAAGUUAUUUAUUUUAUGAACUGAAUGAAUAAACCAAAAAGCAUUCUA